AUGGGGAAGGAUGUACAGAGAGAGAUCCUAGAGCUUGAGCGUGAGCUCUUGACCUUGAGAGUCAAGAAUGAAGUGCUGCUCGCCCACACCUCCGCUCUCGCUCAAAUUAGCCAUCCCACGGCUGAUCCACCAGCUAGUGCCCAGCAGACGACCAGCUGGACUAUCCCCGACGACAUCAGCUCUGACCUCAAGAAGCUCUUUCAGACCCCUCGAGACUCAAAGGAAUACAAAACGAUUCUCAACAACCUCCGCAUGGCUCUCGGCGUCGACGCGUCGGCCCUCAGCCCUGACAAGCUCUCGUACGACGACUACGAGGUCAGAGUCGCAAGAGAGUGGGAGCUCGAGCGCAAGGCCAGCAGCCUCGGCGACCUCAACAUCCUCCGAGUCAUGGCGGAGUGCAUCCCCGGCGGGAGCGCGGCGAGUCCUCUUGCGGGGCUACAGGGGAUGACGGAGAGCGCUCUAUCGGCUCUAUGGCAGACGGCGAUAGGGAGGAGGCUCGAGGAGGCGCUGAGGAGGCCGGCGGAGGCAGGAGGGCGGGCGGGAGGAGACAGUCCGACGUCGCACAACAGCAAGUUUGCGGUGAAUGAGUCGGACGGUACAGGCAGCGGGGAGGUACGCGAGGCCGUGUACGGGAAGAUCGAGGAGUACUACGGGGGGCUGAUGGAGCGGAUCGGGCUACCUCAGACGGAGCUGAUGAAGGCGAUAGAGGAGGAGCACUGCAAGGGCAAGGACGCAGAGGAAGCGUUCACGACGAGCAACUACAACAUCACGACGACAGCCAAGGAGGAGUGGCUCAACGUGACAGACCCGGAGAGGAGGCGGAGGCUGUCGGACGGGACGCGGGUGAUCCGAGGGAUGGAGGAGCUGAAGGGGCUGGACACGGCGAUCAAGGCGGGGCUACAGGAGGCGGAGCUGAUCGCGCUGCAGCUCUACACAG